AUGGCGACCAUGGCAGCUGCUGCUCGCGAUUUCAACCAGGCCUCCGACAUGAGCCGAGACAACUUAGCUGUUGUAGCGGCUCGGAGUGUCCCUGCGACGACUGUGACACGAUCUCAAGCCCUCCCCACCCCUCCCAACUCCAUAUCUCCCGCCCUGCCGCCUCACGGCCUCAAGGCCCAGCUCCAGAAGGCCAAGCUCGAGCCUAUUGACUCCGACCUUGACCUGCACGACGAGCAGGCCCAGCGACAAGCCUCGCGCUCGCCCUCCCACGACACGACAGGCACCAUCAGCACAUCCCUGCUGGCCAAGCACCAUCUCCCCGAGAUCCUCCUCAACCACGGCCCCUUGGCCAUUCGCCACAUCAUGGGCUACCUGACAACGUCGGUACCGGGUUUCGCAGGAAUCCCCCCGACGAAGGCUCGUCGUCUAGUGGUCGGAGCGUUGGAGGGCCGCGGAGGCGAGGGUGGCGGUGUCGACGGCGACGUGGAGUUUGAGAAGGUGGGCUGGGGACGAUGGGACGCCCGACGACGCGGACAGCCUUCGCGGAGCUCGCCUCCUGCAGACUACCGCUCCGGUAUCCCCAUUAGCAAGAACGGCGGACGCGGCACCGACAGGUCUCGCCUGAACGCUGCCUCUUCCAGCAACGGCGACGAGUCGUUCGUCUUCUCCCACGACGACCGCGACGCCAUGAUGAUGGAAUGCGAAGCGGAUAAGAUGUCCCUGGAUGGCUCAGCGUCCGCAUCGUGCUCCGAGGCUCCGGACGACGAUGACAUCAUGAACGAUGACCCUGAGGACGCUACCGAUGACGAGGACUGGGCUGCUGUGGGAGCUGCCGCUCUCCGCGCCGAGUCCUACAACGCUGCCGCUCAUUCGGCCGGACGCAGCUUCCUCUCCAACGGUGUAUAUACUUCUGGAGGACUGCGAUCCGUCGCAACCGGCAUGGCUCGUUCGCACCAACCUUUGCCCUUCGACUUCUCGGCGCUGGGGGCCACGUCUGACGCGCAAGAGCGUGAGGCGGUGGAGGCUCUCCUGCGACUGGGUUCUGUAUAA